UUCACAGAACCAUGUGCUGUCAAACCCGCGGCCGUAGAAACGUCAAAAAGACCAAUCUUUGUCAAACACACAUUUGCCGAACGUAAACAAACUACUGCUGCUCAAGAUGAGUACGGAAGACGCAGCUCCCGAUCCCGUCCCGGUCGACGAAGAUGCACAGCUCUAUCCGUACUGCUAUCUGUGCCACUUCCCAGCCCUUCAGGAUGGAUUUUACCAUCUGUUUGCCGAGCCGGACGAGUCCCUAUCGCGGGCAAAGAUUCUGGGCGACAUCCUAGACAUCGAGCUAACGCCGGAACUGUGCCAUUCCCAGAUCAUUUGUGUGAACUGUAAUAUGGAAUGCCUCGAGUAUCAUUCGCUCGUUCAGCGCAUGGAAGCCAUACGGACAAAGCUAACGAUGACCUACAAUCAAACCGUAAUGAAGCUUACCGGCCUGACGGAAAAGGAUCUGAAAGAGGGCCUCGUGGCAGUAGAAGACGGUGGCAACUUGGAAAAUGAUCUCCAAACUUUCAACAAGGACUUUCUUUCGAUGGAAGAUAUGUUUGGCGAUAUGGAAGCGCUGAACCCGGAUGACAUACACCUUAAUUCAUCCAGCGAGCAGCUUGAUAGUGAGCUGCCCAAAUUGGGUAUCGAGUGGGAAACGAUAACAGAAUCAAAUGAAGGAAGUAUGCCAUCCAUUUCUCUAAUACGUCCCACAGCUGCGCUGGGAGAAGAAACUCCCCAUCCGGUUGGGCAUAUUAAGGAAGAAUUGUUUACACCUCCUUCGGAAGAAAGUGAGCAGCUGCAGCCGAUCGAUUCGGCACUGAUGGAGGAAAACGCUCCAGAAGCGUCACUUAUUGGGAAGCUAGAGCAAGCCACCUCAAAGUUGCUGCCAAUUGAUACUGACGACACGCAAACCGUUGGUCAGGAACUGUCCGAAGAGGAAACGCUGCACCGGUUUAUGCUAGAAUCGAACGAAACAAUCGUUGAAGUAGCUGGUGAAGAUGGCACAUCGAUUUACUGCGUUUAUAAUGACGUCAUAGAAACGCUCAGUGAUACGGAGGAACAGUCUGAGACGGUAACGAAGGCGCUGGAAAGUGUCAAUGCCGGAAAUUUGUUAGAGUAUGAUGAUGUGAUUAUUGAUAGUGCAUCGCAGAUCAGCGCACACGAGGCGUAUGAGAUUGGGGAAUCAACGUCAUCCCCCUCGCUGAUGUUGGAAAACGCGAAUGUGACCAGAUCGCGUUCACCGUCACCAUCUCAGCAGGAGGAACCUUUACAACCGUUUUACGUUAAAGUUGGAACCGACUACUACUGUACCGUUUGCUCUACGGACGAUCCGGUUAAGGCGGACUGUCUGAAAAGCAUGGCCCACCACUUGGCCGAAGAGCAUGGUCAACAAACGCACCUGUGCGAGUUGUGUGAUGUCAUAUUUUUCCAGAAACCAUCUUACGUCGCCCAUUUAGCCGAACACAGCGCCUCCGACGAUCAGGACAUGGAACGCGGCGUCUCAUUAAGCUGCAACGUGUGCAGCGAAACGUUCACCAGCAAGCGCGCCCUUGAGCUGCACCGUAAAAUGCACUCGCGAACGUCGCACGUCACGAACAUGAUCUGGAGCUGCGAGGUUUGCAACAAGAAGUAUACCUCGAAAGCGUUCUACGAUGUGCACAUGAACAAGCACGCCGGGCUGCGACCGUACAAGUGUGACCUGUGUGCGAAAGACUUCUCCUCCAAGUAUGCGCUAGCGGUGCACCAGAAAACGCACAACGAGCGUCCCCGCACCUUCGUGUGCAACGAGUGCGGCAAUUCGUUCUACAGCCGGCACAAUCUGGUACAGCACGAGCGGACGCAUCGGGCGGUGCGCGAGUACGAGUGUGCCGUGUGCCGGAAGAAGUUCUUCACGCAGCACAAUUUAAACGUGCACAUGGUGAUACACAGUGCGGAUAAGGCGUUCGCUUGCCGGGAGUGUGGCAAAAAGUUUGCGCGCAAGGCGGAGCUGCUAGACCACGAGCGUAUUCACACAGGUGAAAAACCGUUUGCGUGCGAUAUGUGCGAUGCAAGCUUUGCGCAACGGUCAAAUCUUCAUUCGCACCGGCGGAUGACGCAUUUGAAUGACAAACGGUUUAAGUGCGAUCGAUGUGAUGCGGCCUUUAAACGGCGCCGAUUGCUCACCUACCACAUCAGGGCGAUGCACACUGGUGAGCGACCGUACAAGUGUGAUCUCUGCCACGCGACCUUCGUCUAUCCGGAACACUUUCAAAAGCAUAAGCGAAUCCAUACCGGCAUCAAACCGUACGCCUGCGAGGUGUGCCAUCGGACGUUCACCAGUCAGGACAAUCGCAAUGCGCACCGGUACGUGCACAGUGACAAGAAACCGUUCGAGUGUGUCACGUGCGGUGCCGGUUUUAUGCGCAAAUCGCAUCUGUACACGCACAUGCAGGAGGUGGGCCAUCUGAGUGAUACGAUCGUGGUGAACCAGCCGCGCAUUAGCGCCAACCGUACGCUGGAGUUUGAGACGGACACGUACGUGACCGAUGGUACGGGUGAGGGCGAGCAGGGCCAGGAGAUGGAGGGUUCGGAUGAGGAGAACGUACAGUUAACGUACAUUUGUGACGAUGAUAAUGUGGACGGUGAGUUGGAAGCGGAAUAGAGCACUGCCUUCAGUAUUGGAGGGAAAACUAGCUGAACGAACGCUAUAGUUUCGUACGCUUUUGGACAAAAGCAUUAUAUUGCAUCCAAAAGCAAGCUGGUCUCUUGGUCGUUUUAGUCAGCAGAAUAAUCUGUACAUGUUUUUAGUGUAUGGUAGUAGAUAAGACUUAACAAACAAAUAAAGCUUUGUGUAGAACAGAUGGUUCUUUUUUUAGUAAAA